AUGGUCCUGUACCACCGUGAGUUUGAGGCGGCAGGUAAGAGCGCAGGUGUGCAGGUGUGGCGGGUGGAGAAGAUGGAGUUGGUGCCGGUGUCUCCCCGGUUCCACGGGAGUUUCUACGUGGGCGAUGCCUACUUGGUGCUGCGCACCGUCAAGACCAAGGACACACCAUCCUACCACCUGCACUACUGGCUGGGUAAUGAGUGCACCCCUGAUGAAAGCACGGGUGCAGCCAUUUACACCCUCCAGAUGGACGACUAUCUGGGAGGCAGACCGGUGCAGUAUCGCGAAGUCCAGGGGUACGAGUCCACCACCUUCACCAGCCACUUCAGAGGAGAACUCAUCUACAAGGCCGGUGGAGUAGCGUCGGGAUUCCAGCACGUGGUCACUAAUGACCUCACCGCCCAGAGACUUUUCCACAUCAAGGGUCGACGCGUCGUCAGGGCAACGGAGGUGCCUUUGGACUGGAAGAACUUCAACAGGGGGGACUGUUUCAUCAUCGACCUGGGCGCCGUGAUCUACCAGUGGUGCGGCUCCUCCUGCAACAAGUUUGAGAGAGUGAAGGCUGCGCAGGUGGCCACUGGUAUCCGUGACAACGAGAGGGGCGGACGCUCUCAGCUGGAGGUUGUGGAAGAGGGGCAUGAGCCUGAUGAGAUCAUAGAGGUUCUUGGGAAGAAGCCUAAUCUGGCGGAGGGAGAUGACAAAGAUGAUGAUUUUGCUGAUAUCUCCAACAGGAAAAAGGCCAAACUUUACAUGGUGUCAGAUGCCAGCGGUGAGAUGCAGGUGUCCUUGGUAGCGGAGGAGAGUCCGUUCUCUCAGAGUAGCCUCCUCUCAGACGAGUGCUUCAUCCUGGACAAUGGCAAGGCCGGACGCAUCUUUGUCUGGAAAGGGCGUAAUGCCAACCCCAGUGAGCGCAAGGCGGCCAUGAAGACAGCUGAGGGCUUCAUCAAACAGAUGGGUUACCCUGGCAACACCCAGAUCACGGUGCUACCGGAUGGAGUGGAGACGCCCAUCUUCCAGCAGUUCUUUAAGGACUGGAGAUCCUGGGAGCAGAGCGAGGGCUUCGGACAGGUGCACGUCACCGAGCGCAUCGCCCACAUAAAGCAGGUGCCCUUCGACGCCUCCAAACUGCACGAGUCCCAGCAGAUGGCCGCACAGUACAACAUGGUGGACGACGGCUCGGGCGAAACUCAGAUCUGGAGGGUGGAGAGCUGUGGGCGAGUGGCUGUUGACCCAAAGGAGUUCGGGCAGUUCUACGGAGGAGACUGUUACAUCAUCCUCUACACAUACAAGAGGGGCCAGAUCAUCUACACCUGGCAGGGCUCCAACAGUUCUCGUGAGAAGCUCACAGCUUCAGCCGUCUUCACUAUGGAUCUGGACCGGUCACUGGGAGGCCGCCCCGUGCAGGUUCGGGUGUCUCAGGGGAAGGAGCCGGCCCACCUGUUGAGCCUGUUUAAGGAGCACCCCCUGGUGGUAUAUCGGAGCGGCACGUCCCGUAAGGGGGGCCAGACCCCCCCACCCCCCAAACGCCUCUUCCAGGUGCGCCGCAACCUGGCCACCAUCACGCGCAUCGCUGAGGUGGAGGUGCGUGCGGGGAGCCUGAACUCCAAUGACGCGUACCUGCUGAAGAUGGAGGGGGGUGGGGGGGUGCUGUGGGGGGGUCGAGGGGCGUCUCAGGAGGAAGAGGACGGAGCCAAGUACGUCAGCCAGCUGCUGCACUGCUCCAGCCUCACACACAUCAAGGAGGGACACGAGACAGGGGAGUUCUGGGCUGCUCUGGGCGGUAAGGAGGAGUACCAGACAUCCGACCGCCUGGAGAGGCAGACGCUCACACACCCGCCUCGUCUCUUCGCCUGCUCCAACAAGACCGGCAAGUUUGUGAUUGAGGAGGUGCCGGGCGAGUGGUCUCAGGAUGACCUGGCGGAGGACGACGUCAUGCUGCUGGACGUCUGGGAUCAGGUCUUUGUAUGGAUUGGGAAAGAUGCUAAUGAACUGGAGAAGACAGAAUCACUGAAAUCAGCGAAGGCGUACAUAGAGUCGGACCCGUCGGGGCGGGACAAGGGCACGGCGGUGGUGGUGGUCAAGCAGGGGCACGAGCCGCCCACCUUCACCGGCUGGUUCCUGGCCUGGGACAGCGCCCGCUGGGGGGGGCAUGAUGCCGCCCGGGGGCCCACCAAUCACGUCGCCCGCGCCCUCAAGGCUCUUAACAUGAAAUAGAGCACACACACACACACACACACACACACACACACACACACAUACACACAUACGCACAUCCUGAGGCCGCUGGUUCGACUCGAUCUAAUCCAAUCCAAUAAGCAUACAUUGCACACACACACACACACACAUACACACAUA